GCAGAAAGUAUUCCUUCAAUCUCUCUCGAUCCUUCUUCGGCGGAACGGCUGCCUAUCAGUCAUCUUCGUGUCGUCGGCGGCGGCGAGAGCAUGGCGAUGUUGCCGGACGAGAUAUGGGCUCAUAUCUUGGAGAUCGGCACCGACUCGGCCAGCCUCACCUACCGCGACCUCUGCGCCCUCGCCAUGGCUUCCCGCCGCCUCAGCCGCCUCUCAGCCGAACCCGCCCUGUGGUCUACCCUCCUCGCCAUCGACUUUCCUGACGGAGAAAAAGUCUCCCCGUCACCCAAAGCCCUCUACCAGACUAGAUUCAAGUUGGAAAAAGCAAAGAGGGUCGCCCUUCAGAGAGCGAAGAUGCUCUUCGCACAGAGUAAGGUAGCUGUUUCUCGGAAGAGGCUGCAAGAGCUGAAGUUGUCGUUGGUGCGGGAAGGCGACCGGCUCAAGGCCGCUGUCGAAGAGUUGAGAAACUUGGAGAGAGCCAGGACUGCAUCUGUUGCUCUAAACGUAUGGCAGCCAGAUGUCGUUCGUGGGAGACAGAAGCAGAUAGUUGAGCAGUGCACUGUACCAAUUGAAUCUCGUGUCUGUGCUCUAAAGAUGGAGGUUCAAGUCUGUAAGCAACAGAUUGCUAAUUUUAACAAGACUUAUGAGGAGGAGAAGAAAAAAUUAGGGAAGCACAAACAGGCACUGGCAUCGCUGGAAUAUCAUCCACUUCAAAGCCAUUUUAAUUCAACCCCCAGUGAUUCUAACAAAAGGAAAAGACUGGAGUUAAGUAGUGAUUCAAAGCUUUCUAGUGCUGCUUUCGAAUGGGACGAACAAGAAAAGGCAGAGAGCUUCUGAUUAAGCUCUCCUUGUAUGCUGCAUGUACCAUAGCAUUCCAUCUUUGAUUCCGAUCAACCUGCAACACAGGACUACUUACAGCUUAAAGAUCAUGUAUCAGCUCUCACUUUGAAGCUACCUAAAGAAAGCUUUUUUAGACAAAAUGAAAAAGAAAAAGAAAGAAAACUCAUGUGCAGGGUCCUUGCACACAAGUGUUGCUUGCUGAUAUGAGGCGAUAAUACGAGGUAAUGCGAAGCUUCUACCGAUUCUGUGUUUUAGCUAACAAAUUACCGGCUCGAAUUGGAGAGAUUUAAGACAUUUGGAUCCAUUGACAUUGCCCAUCCAACAGCUUUUCAAUUAAAGGUCUCUCUUCUGUUUAAUCUUCAGUUGAUAAAUCGCCGGGCAACUAGUGAAUCUUUUUCAGAAGGAUCCCUCGGAGAGAUUGCUAUAAAAAGCUCAUGUUGUCGUUCUA